UCUGUAUUUAUCUGUCUUUUACUCUGUGGUCCUUAACUUUUUAUAUUGCAGGUUUGGUUUUCUGUAAAAGUUGUCAACCAGUCAAUGACUUCUGACAACAGCACACUCUGUAGACCCGGUUAGUCAUUAUAGGAUGGCAAACAUGCAUUGGAAUCUAAGUAGUGGUUUUUAAUUACGAACAUUGUUAUGUGUUUAGUGAUUUUUAUAUAUCGAUGUGCAGCAGUGGACUAGGCUCUUCUUUGUAUAAGUAGCGAUGUUGUUUUAAACUGUAGGAAUUACACAACAGGGUGAAUGGAGAUUUCCCAGUACAUCAUUCACCGUAAUAACUUCCCCCAGAAUUCCUCUUACAUCCUCAAGAAUUACAUGUUUCUGUCUGUGCCGAGAUGAUCAGAAUCCGCAAUCCCCACCCUCUGCCUUAUUUGCAUCAGACUGAAAUGUUUUUGAGGGCAGGUACAUUAUGUGACACUGUCCUCAGUGUGGAGGGUUACACUUUCAAAGCACAUGCAUUAGUUCUUUCCUGGGCCAGCAAGACCCUUGAACGACAGCUAAUCAGCCAGAAUCCAGUUAAACCUACUCCUGCAUUGUUGAUGGCAUUUCCCCAAAAACUGUUAAGCAAAUCCUUGACUAUGUAUACAGUGAUUGUGUAGAAGUGCCCAAAGGGGACCUUCCAGAUUUGCUCAGGGGAGCUCAGCACCUGGAGGUGCAGUCACUUAUGGAGCAGUGUAAGUUGAAAAUGGGGAUCCAGGACAGGGUUAAAGAUAGUGAAGGAGAGAGGUCCUCCCCCAACAUUUAUGUAGAAGAUAGUGAUUCAAGAAAAAAAAUCCCCUUUUCUGAUGAAGUGUCUCUCAGUUCUUCUUUAGAAUCUCCUCUGACACACUUUGACCAUGAAAAGUCACAACGUGUCACUAACCUCUCACCCCCACCACAGAAAGCCCCUAUGUCCAUAACCAUAGCAACUCCCACAGCCUCUAGGGAACCCAUUUCCUCCACAUCAGUAGUAGCACAGACACCUUCUUUUCACUGGCCCUCCGUAAACCCAUCACAUCAUAUGGUACUUGCCUAUACCGACUUCAUGGCAUUCCAGCACAUGGUGGCAUGUUCAUACCCCACACCCAUGUACCCCUUCUUACAGCACCCUCUCCAGCGCCAGAUGCCAUCAUCUUUAGUGGGUUACACAGACCUGCUUCAUCCACAUCCACACAUCCUACGAUCUAGGCCUUUCGAUAGACCGCUUGUCCCGGAAUUAAAACGAAAAACAGACCUCAUCAAUGCUAUGCUGCCUGGAGCACCUGCAUUACAGGAAAAAGAAAGGAAGUCAAAGGUACAGUCAGAUAAGGAGAGACACUGUAGACAUUGCAAUAAGACAAUAGUCGAAAACCCUUGGAGACAGAGCACCAGGUCGGCAUCUUCAGGUUUAGAGGAGCUUCUUUAUGAGUGCAAGUUCUGUCAGCGGGGUAUAAGAGAGAAGCGUUCACUGCGCUCACUAAGAAGAGGCCAUGGAGGAGAAAAACCUUACCAGUGCAAACACUGCAACAAAAGAUUCAGUCUGAAACACCAGCUAGAUACACAUCUCAGGGUUCAUACAGGUGAAAAGCCAUUUGAGUGUCGGCUGUGUGGUCAGCGGUCACGUGACUACUCUGCUAUGAUCAAGCACCUGCGCACUCACGGGGGUGCCACACCAUACCAGUGCACAUUGUGUUUAGAGUUCUGCAGCAGCCUGGUCACCAUGCAGAAGCAUCUAAAGGGUCAUCCAACUCAGGAUUUUCCCCCUAACUGGAGCUUGAGUAGCACCUACCUCUACAUCUGCCAUGCAUAAGAGCCAGAAGAUUCUGACCAGCCAAAUUCCAUAAUCUGCCAGCCAUAAUAUGUUUCUGAUAAAUAAAUAAAUUAUAAGAUACAUAUAUUUUAUUAUAUUAAAUUAUAGAAAAAAUUAUAGAAAGAAAUCAUAUUAUAAUAUUAUGUGCAGACAAAGAAAAACAUAAGGAAACGUUUCACAGUAGCAGAUUGUAAAGUGAGAAAAAAAUUAAGCCGCAUAAUGUACAUAGCAUGCUAUGAUAAAUAAUUUCAGUAUUAUCAGUUUAUACAUCUUCACAUCUUGCUUUUGAGCAAAAGUAUUUCUGGAAGUAUUUGGGUACAGUCUAUUUUCUGACUUUAUAUUGAUCAAUUCUAAUAAAAGGUUUAAUAUAAUGUUAGGAAAAUCUAAAUACAGAAAGAAAAAGAAGAAAGAAUAGAAGGAAUCAUUCAUUACAUUAUCACAUAAGGAUUUCUGAGACGAGGCCUUUGUGGAUAUGUGUCCUUUAUCGGAUGUGCACUUUUGAAUGCUAAAUGUUUCAAAUGAAUUCAAUAUUUACAGAGUGUAUUUUAUGAAUUUUGCUGCCUUAAAACUUUGCCAUAUGCAAUUUAUAUACAAUUGCUCAAAACCAUCAGGCUCCUUUUUUAUUUGUCUUCAAGGGACAAACUUUUUUUUUUCACAGAAACAUUGUUCCUUAUACCACUGUUGCUUUUUUAGCACUCAGAAUAUGUAUAAUGAUAAACAUAUUCAUGGCUUUUACAAUUAAAGAAUUAAAGCAUUAUCAUUACUACCAGAA